CAAACUUGACAAAUCACAAGCAAAACAAAUUAGCCUUAUUCUUAUUCUUAUUCUUACUAGCUCUUAUAUCAAGAAUUAAGAGAGAAAAACUCUGUAAGCAUGCUGAUCUACGAGGAUCUGAUCAGUGGUGACGAGCUUUUAUCCGACUCGUACAACUGCAAGGAACUCUUCAAUGGAUGUCUAUGGGAGGUAGAUGGAAAGUGGGUUGUUAAAGAAAACCGUGGUGUUUUCAACAUUGGUGCUAAUCCUUCAGCUGAAGGUGGAGAAGACGACAACGAAGCUGUUGAUGAUGGUGAAGCUGUUAAAGUUGUUGACAUUGUUGACAACUUUAGACUCCAAGAACAACCUGCUUAUGAUAAGAAGCAGUUUGUUGCAUGGGUUAAGAGAUACAUCAAGACUCUUGUUACCAAGUUGGAGGCUGAUAAGGCUGUUGAGUUUAAGAAGAAUGUCGAGGCUGCGACUAAGUUUCUGAUGUCGAAGAUGAGUGAACUUCAGUUUUUUGUGGGUGAGAGUAUGCAUGAUGAUGGUGCUACUGUUAUGGCUUAUUACAAAGAUGGUGCUACUGACCCGUCUUUCUUCUACUUUGCUCAUGGUCUUAAGGGUGUCAAGUGUUAAAAGGGGGAACUAAAGUGUGUUUCUGGAAAAUUUUAAUUGUUUUCUAUGCUUUCUACGUUUUAUUUCUGCAAUAUUUUGGUUAGUUCUGGUAGUGGUAUGUAUCAGAUUUCAUAAACGAAAUACAAUUCUAAGCAUAUAUGUAUGGAAUUUAUAUUUUUUUAAUUUGUCAAUGUCUUUAAUAUUUACUAAUAAUAGCGCGAAAGAGCCCUAAUUAAUUGAAUUAAUUCAAAGUUUGUGAAGAA